AUGGGCGUGUCCCGGCUGUCGGUGGGCGUGGCCUGGCUCGGUGGGCGUGUCCCGGCUGUCGGUGGGCGUGGCAUCGCUGUCGGUGGGCGUGGCCUGACUCAGCCUCGUCUCCUGCGGUCUCGCCCGAGUCCCCGGUUUCCCCUCAACUCAUCGAUAAUCCAAGCCAUGUCUCACCAGACCGGCAUAGUCGCGUCCCAGGACCUGCGCGACUUCUUGGGGCGAGCACGCGGAGGGGACGUGCGGUUGAUCAAGAUCGCCAUCGACGAUGGCACAGAGACGCUGGUGCUGGCCGAAGAGCGGCGGCCGGGGCAGGCGUGGGACGCGGAGUACGACGCGCUGGUCCAGUCGGUGCUGGAGCCCGAGCAGCCGUGCUACCUGCUGUACCGCCUCGACUCGCAGAACCCGCAGGGGCACGAGUGGCUCUUCAUCACCUGGUGUCCCGAUAGCUCACCGGUGCGUCAGAAGAUGCUGUACGCGGCGACCCGGGCCACGGUGAAGAAGGAGUUUGGUGGAGGCCACAUCAAGGAGGAGCUCUACGGCACGGAGAAGGAGGAGGUGAGUCUCUCCGGAUACAAGAAGCACCUCAAGCUGAGCAACGCGCCCAACCCCCUCACGGCCGCCGAGGCCGAGCUACAGAAGCUGAAGCUCAACGAGGUGAAGACUGACAUCAGCGUGGACAGCAAACAGCAGACGCUGCAGGGCGUCUCCUUUCCCAUCCAGGAGCGGGCGCUGCAGGCGCUGCAAAGGUUCAGCAAGGGAGAGGUCAACUACGUGCAGCUGUCGGUGGACCUGGACAAGGAGACGAUCAACCUGGAGCACGCCAAGCAGAUCUCUGUGGCCGAGCUGCCGCGCUGCGUGCCGGAGAACGCCGCCCGCUACCACUUCUUCAUCUUCCCGCACUCGCACGAGGGGGACCGCCUCGAGUCCACCGUGUUCAUCUACUCGAUGCCCGGAUACAAGUGCAGCAUCAAGGAGCGGAUGCUCUACUCCAGCUGCAAGGGGCCACUCAUCGACACCGUGGAGCAGAAGCUGGGCCUGGACAUCGCUCGCAAGAUCGAGAUCGAGGACCGCGACGAGCUGACGGAGGAGUUCCUCUACGAAGAGGUGCACCCCAAGCAGCACGCCUACAAGCCGGCCUUCGCCAAGCCCCGCGGCCCCACGGGGAAGCGCGGCGUCAAGAGGAUCACCAAGAGCCCGGGGGAGGCCGACGACUAGGGGGGGGGGGGGGGGGUGGCGGGGGGUGAGCUGAACGACGAGGUGGCGGUGAGCAGGACGGGACGUUGCGGGGUCGUCGCGUGGGCGGCGGGGAAAGUUCGCGACCGGCGAGCCGUCUCGCUCGCGAUCCGCGCCAGCGAAGCCGAUCCUCGGCGCUCCGUCUCCCCGCGGCGGACGUGCCCGCCCCUCCCCCGCCCACCCCCGCGUGCGCGUUACCCUCGUGACACAAUCGAGAGGCACCUUUUUCCGUAGAGAUGUGGAAUUUCCAAGGGCUGGCGAUAGCGGGGGCCGGGGGGUGUGGUUGGAGCAACGGACGGAGACUUGACACAAAUAUCUUCUCUCCCUUCCCGCGGAUCUCCGUGAACCCCAAAUAUCAGCCCGGCACCGCGCAUCAAUCAAUGUCUGACGUUUUAAUUCCGUCAAGUUUUUUUCCACCUAUUUGAGUUUAACUUCGGUUCUGAAUCGUAGGAUUUGUUUUUCCCCUUCGUGUCCUCGUCUCGUGGAGGGCUUGUCGCUGGGAUCGCGUUUUUAUCAUUUUUUAUUUCCUGGAAGAAGAAAAAUCAUCGACAAGGCGAACCUUCGGCACGCACGCGUUCCUACGUUCCUGCGUGCGUGUAUGCGUGCGUGCGUGUGUGUCUCCUAUAACGCGGUUGGUGGUAGUUCCAUGAUGCGUGUAAUGCACGGCCGAACAAAGACUGAGGCGCUGCGCGUGUGGGGUAGCAUCAUCGGAAGCAUCUAGCAGCAUCCCACUGCCCGGCGCCGCCACGCCGCUGCAGCCGUUACGGCACUCGCGAGCGUCGCACAUCCGCGUCGUGAGCACAAGAAACGCGUUCCCUCGUUACAUUCAUCGCCGCGUGAUAUCGUCCAGAUAUCCGCGUCGUGAAAACAACACGCGGCAUUAUAGGAGAGCGGGCUGUGCGUGUUGCGAGUUCCGGGGGGCCGCCACCGCCCCCCCCCCCUCAUACCUCCGCGUACGACGCACGGCGGUGACGACGAAGGGGAGCGGGGGGCGGUGGGGGGGG